AUUUAUUCUGAUCACAGACAGUUUUCCUUAUCAUUAUUCGAGCGAUUCUCGUACUGUCUAAUUCAGUGUAAUUAUCAAUACAUCUUGAAUAACAUAGACUUGAAGUAUAGUGUGUAUAACGUUACCAGUGUUUAUAAACAAAUAGCUUUAAUUUAUUGAGGAGGUACUGUAUUUACUAAGGAGUAUUUACUACGACUGAAUAGAAAGGAAUACUGUAUAAUCAUUCUUGCAACUCUAAUAGGAGUGGCAAUUGUUAGUUGGGAAGAGAUCUCGAAGUAUCUGUGAAGGGUAUCGGUUUAGACAUACAAUGGGACGUUGGCAAUUGUUCUGCAGAAUCUGCAGACCUCGCAUAUGCUUGUUGACUAUGAAGCACCAAGCCCCACAUGCAUGCUGAUUACCUCAUCAUGGGCCAUAGACUUCGUCAUAUUUUUCAUCACGAUUUCCUACCUGGUAAUCAAAUUUUAUGCACGAAACAACGAUUUCUUCAAAAAACGAGGGGUCAAGUACGUCAAACCGAAACCAAUAGUAGGAAAUGUUGGGAGGGUCAUGCUGUUGCAAGAGAACACUGGAAACAUUUUGAAGGAAAUCUACGAUAGUACUGACGCUCCGUAUUAUGGCAUGUUCUUCUUCCACGUUCCGUAUUUGGUCCUUAAGUCGCCACAACUGAUUAAAGAGGUGUUGGUGAAGGAGUUUGGACACUUCAUGAACAGAACGUGGGCGCAAGCAAAGCAUGACGAGAUACAGAAAAACAUGAUGUUCUUCCAACAUGGAGAGGAAUGGAAACUGACCAGAGCCAAGGUGUCUCCAGUGUUCACGUCUGGAAAACUGAAGGGGAUGUUCUAUAUUCUGAAGGAUAAUGGAGAACUGCUCGUAGACUUCCUUCGAAAAAAUGCAGACAAUGUAGACCUCGAAAAAAUGACUAUGCGCUACGUGCUGAAUGGUAUAUCGAGAUGCUUUUUUGGCAUAAACCCUCACUGCCUCGAGGACGGAGUCAAGUCCGAAUUCCUGGACAUCAUCCAGGAAGGAAGCAGACCAAGCACCUUAGAUGCUUUGAGGAUGUUCUGCUUUUUGUACCAUCACAAGAUGGUAGAUUUUUUCAAGCUGAACAUGUUCAACAAGAAGAUGGUGGACUACUGUGCCAACACGUUUAAUGAUGUACUGAAGACUAGAGAAGAAGCAAGAAGGAGUAAUAAUAUGAGAGUCAAUGAUAUGGCUGACAUCAUUAUUGAUCUGAAGUAUGAUGAGGAGUUCAACAAGAAUUUUGAUUUUGGUGGUGAUAAAGUUCUAGCUCAACCGUUCAUGUUCCUUCUUGCUGGCAAUGGAACUACGACAAUGUCGUUGACCUUCACACUAUACGAACUUUGCAUUAAUCCUGACGUACAAUCUAAACUUAGAGAUGCCAUCAAUGAGAUGAUUGAUGACUAUGGAGGUAUCACGUACGAAGGGUUGAUGGAUAAGAAGUACAGCUAUAUCGACAUGGUACUUGCUGAAACACAUAGGAUGUACCCAGCGAUAUUCUACCUGGACAGGACUUGUACAUCAGAUUUUCAACUACCUGGAACAGACUACGUAGUUCGGAAAGGAGAGAAAAUUAUCAUUCCUACUUGGGCACUGCAUUACGACGAAAAGUAUUUCCCAGAUCCUUACAAAUUCAACCCUGAAAGGUUUUUGAAGAGAGUGAACGAAGAUGGAUUUUAUUACGUACCAUUUGGAGAGGGGCCCAGAGAAUGCAUUGCUUGUCAACAAUUUAUGGUGAUCCUAUAGAGCAGGCUGACCAGCUGCAGCAUGGAUAUACUUACGUAGCAGUUCCAUAUGGUCAUGAAUUUAGUGCAUUAGAUUACGAAUCCUUAUUGGACCAUUGGAUUAGUCCGAGUACUUUUAAAAUGAAGAUGCCAAAAACAAUGGAGUCAGAAGAGCAGACAGGUUGUGUAAAAUUUAACCUAGAUGGGGAUCUGGAUACACACAAGAUGUCUGUCACAGGAGAGUCGCGAAGCAUAAUAAAAAUGAUAGAACGCAACUAUGUGCUUCCAGAUUUGAAUAGGACAUUAUUUCAGGAUGCCCUAAAGAAGAGAAGUAGAGGUAUUAGAGAUUCUAUUGUACAUGCAAGAGUUAGCUCAACAAGGAAUUUAACUGGCGGUAUGCUUGCAAAUCCGGAACAUCUCAACGAGUGUGUGCCGCAUUUCUGUGAGUCAGGAGAUCAAUAUCCAGGUGAGUGUAAAGAACCAUGUGAGGAAGACUUUAUCUGCUGCCCCAUAUGCAACUGUUUUAUACAACUUCAAGGAAAGGAGAAAGUUACAUGCUCUACAAGCUGCGAUUACUUCCAACAACGUAAGGAAAGUUGUCCCGAAUGUAAAUGCAGGUUAUCAGAAAGACCCUAUUCAACAGAUAGUACUGGAAGACAAUAUUUCCAAAGUUCUUGUAACAUAAAGGGGUCAGAAGAUAGUGUUAACUCUGGAAGAAAAUCUUCGGACAAAAGUGGAGAGUCGUGGAAAAAUAAACACACUGUAGAGACGGAACACUCUGUAGAGACGAAACACUCUGUAUCGAGGGAAGACUCAUUAGAAAGGAGGCGCUCAAGAGAGAGUGGACAUUCAUCGGUAAGAGAGGAUUCACUAGAAAGUGUACACUCAAACAGUAGGAGGCUAUCGGAACAAACUGAGGCCUCCUCAGGUAGAAGAAGUUCAGUGGGAAGUGAAAGGGAGGACUCACCAGGAAAGAAAAUGUCUGGAGGAAGAAAACAGUCUGGAGAGGGUAAAGGGUCAGAAGCACGAGCAGGGAAACUGCGGCCAGCAAACAAAAAAGAUUGCGACUUUUACCUGCGUUGCCUACACAGAGAAUGUCACACUGCACCAGUGUUGAUGCUGACCCUAACCAUCCUCUUCCCGGCAUACGGACAGGAUAUGCCUCUUGCACAUCGGAAUGACUAAAUAGCACCUGAUACCAUAAGUAUACAGGCAAUGGCACCCACGGUGUGUGUACUAUCUGAAUAACAAAGUAUCACAGAAUAAAUAAACCAGAAGCUACACUUGCGCAAAUCCCCCAGUGCAAUUUUCAGACACUGCCACAAACGCACACCGCCAUUUACAGCGUCAGCCGGCGAUAAAUUUACGCGUUCUUCGUACAGGUUCGAUUCAUCUAUAUGCAUGAAGCACAAUACGUGCACAAGACUGUACGAGGGAUGUCUUUUAAGUUUUGCAUAUGGAUAUAAAACCACACGAUAAAUGCGGAAAAGACCAUGGGAAUUUCGCGGAAUUUAAUAAACCUUGUGAAGACUGCAUAUGUGAUAGUACUAAACGUGGUAGUGAUGACCUCGAUCUCACAGAGGGGAUUAAAGAUUCAGUUAUAAGUAGGCACUCACAUCUGAAAUCACAGAGGGGUUCUGCUGAUAAUACAGAGGAGGUCACAGAUUCGGUUAUAAAUAGGAAAUCAGUUAAAGAAGAAGAAACAAAACUCCUAUUUCCAGAUAGUUGUAGAGCUUACAAGCACGGUAUCUCAUGUCUGAUUUGUGGAUGCGAUCACAAAAAGCUGAGAGAAAAAUCACGUUGUCCGAAAGACGGGGAGAAGGGUUGCGAACCCGGUUGUGAAUAUUUUCAAAGAACAGGUGUGGGAUACCCUGAUUUCAAAUGCGAAGAGGUUGAAGAUAUUUUGCAACUAGUCAUUGACAAAGCCCAAGACAUAGUGGAACACGGUGGGAGGAAGAAUCGAUUUGGGAGCCGUGAAUCUCGUAGAAUGUUUACUUAUGAAGGCUCUAUGAGUAGCACCAAAGGUAGCAGUGAUGUGUCUCCGAAGCCGAGGCGAAGAAAGUCUAUGCAGUCACAAGAUAGCAACAGAAGCUCAACUAGAUCGAGCUUAGCUUCAGAAGAGAAGGCCAAGGGAAGCUGUUGUUGCUUAGAUUGGGAGGAUUUAUCUGUUAUGGCAAGUUGCUUUGCUUCACAUGAGGAACUUGUGAGAUGCUCAGCAGCAGAGACUAGAAAGCAGUCAACGGCAUCCAAUCGGAAUAAAUAUACACAUAGUCUACAUAAAGAUUCUGUAGUUUCUACGAAAUCAAGAUCGUUCUCAACUGGAGAGCAAGAGAAGACAGACAAAGAUAAAAAGGGAUACAGAAGUAACAUGAGUACUGACUCACUAGAAGCGGAAGAUGUGCCCAAAAAACGGCUUAGCUCCGGUACUAAAAAGGGUACAAAAAAGGCUGCUAGUUCGUCCGGAAAGAAAAAAGAUGGUACAUCUGGAAAGAAAGCUGCGAGUCCGUCAGGGAAGAAAAGUGAGGGCAAAGGUGCAUUCUCUAAAGACUCAAUGAAAAUGUCAAUCGAAUGUAAGCCUAUGAAACUUUGUGGAAGAGGCAAAACUUGUUUUGCAGAGAGGUCAUCUAAGUGUAUGACAGUUAAAGUGCUCGAUUGUAUCAAUGAGUGCUUUAGUAGAACUACAAAUAUAUCUGGAGCAGAUGUUGACUGCGGGUGCUAUGACAAUGCCGCUGUGGUUGACAAGCAAGAAAAAAGAUGUACAACCGCCGGUGCUUGUGAUGCAGAGACCAAUACGACCGAAAGUUACAAGACUCCUUCUACUUGUGCAGUUGAACAAGAUAUCAUUCAGCAGCUCACGAGAAUAUCAGUAGAGAUAGAAAACUUACGAUGUUGCAGUCAAUCUACUACCAAGAUAUUGUCUGAAGUCAGUAUUCCAGCACCAAAUAGCAGGGCUUCAUCUUCACUGAAAUCAGUUACCUUUUCUAGCUUGGCAGCUUGCAGCCCAUGUCUUCCAUCCUCUGGUAUUGAAGAGAGAAGAAAUGGAAGUUUAAAUGAAAAUGAAAUUGGAGAACCCAUGAAAAAACAAGUUGGAGAGCCCAAAGAUGAAAAAAACCUAGAAGUUGUUAGUAAAAGUGUUCCUGUAAAUGUCCUUUCAGGUUCUGGAUCCGUUCAAGAUUGGAGUUGUCCGUGCUCUGGUCGUUUUGGGUUUUGCGAUUGUGACAAUUCUAAUGUUGAGCCCACAAGUGAUCUGAUACGUGAUGAUAACAAUAAGUGCAUCAGGAAAUUCGGUACACCGUGUGCUGGACGCAACAGUGAUGAAGAGAUAAGAAGCACUGGAAGUUUAGAUAGAAAUCAAGCUGCAGAACCCACGGAAAAACAAAUUGGAGAGCUCAAAGAUGAAACUGUAGACCCAGCUGCGCAAGAAGUCAAUAAAAACCUAGAAGUUGUUAGUACAAGUGUUCCUGUAAAUAACCUCCCGGAUUCGGGAUCAGGUCAAGUUUACAGUUGCCCUUGCACUGGUCGUUUUGGGUUUUGUGAUUGUGACAAUUCUGAUGUUGAGCCCAUAGGUGAUGAAGAGAUAAGAAGAAGUGAAAGUUUAGAAAAAAAUCAAGUUGGAGAACCUAAGCAAAAACAAGUUGGAGAUUCCAAAGGUGAAAAUGAUCCAGUCACGCAAGAAACCAAUAAAAACCUGAAAGUUGUUAGUGCAAGUGUAAAUAACCUCCCAGAUUCUGGAACAUGUCAAGAGCCUACAAGUGAACCGCCAAAGUAUAUUCUGACAAGUAAUGAUAAUAGUGAGCUUAUGAAGAAACUCGGCACACCAUGUGCUGGAGACAACAGAGAUGAAAAGGUUGCGAGUGGGGGGCGAUGUUUGAGUUUUGAAAGACGUGUUGAAGCUGAUAUGCGGAAAGCUGGAACUAUAGACCGAGAUACGCAGGUUGGCGAAUCCUGUCUAUGUAUUGCCCCUGAAUCAUAUUCAAAGGAGAUUUGCCUGAAGAAUUUAUGUUAUUAUGAUGAUUGCACUGAUAAGAGCGUUCCUAGAAGCAUCUCAUCGGAUAGCUUGGAUUCUGAUUGCAAGGUAAAAUCAGUGAAGGAAAAGACCAAGCUUUGUAAGAAACAUCUCCAUGUCUCUGUAGAUGAUAUUUACAACAUGUCCAAAGAUAAGAAAGCUCAGGAACAAAAAAGCUGCUGGUGCAUACCUAAUGAAGGUUUCCAAGGCAUCAGCAUUAAGAACAAAAUGGACGUGAAUUUCUUCGGUGUCUUAGGGACAGAUACGCAUGGCUACCACUAUUCAAAGACGAAGAGAUAUAAGAAACGCGGCAGCUCAGCAAUUUUUCAGCUUGUCAGUGAACCUUCGACGGCGGAGAGUGAUGCUUUAUCUCCGAAUGGUGCUGUCAAUUACAAUUCUAAUAAGAGACGUGGUAAAUGUUGUCAUUGAUAACAAUAUUCGUAAAAGAAGAAUGCGAAGUGAAGCCAGUACAGCACAAAAGGAAGAUUAGAAUAUUUCCAUUCAUCCCAUUGGCGUAUAGUUUUUCCAUCAAUUUUGGAUCAUCUCAUCACUUUACAGUGCACUGUGAUACACAAGGCUAAACAUACGUAGGUCUCCUACUAUAAGUUCAUAUACAUUUUGAGGAAUAAAACACAAUGAAUACAAAAAUAGA